AUGGCGAGAAACCGUAAAGACAGAGACAGCUGGGGGUCCUUCACAGACAAAGCCACCUACGACUGGAGCUCGGAGGAGGAGGAGCCUGAUGGAAGUGCGCGGCCCAUCCAGGUGCUGGUUGUCAAGGACGACCACACCUUCGAGCUGGACGAGGCGGCGCUGAGCCGGAUCCUAUUGGCCGAAGAGGUCCAGAACAGGGAAGUGGUGGCCAUAUCUGUGGCCGGGGCGUUCCGCAAGGGCAAGUCCUUCCUCAUGGACUUCAUGCUGCGUUACAUGUACAGCCAGGCAUCUGAAGAGUGGCUGGGGGAGUCAGAGGAGCCUCUGACAGGGUUCUCCUGGAGGGGUGGAUCUGAGAGAGAGACCACCGGGAUUCAGAUCUGGAGCCAAGUCUUUCUGGUGGACAAGCCAGAUGGACGCAAGGUGGCCGUUCUACUGAUGGAUACCCAGGGCACGUUUGACAGCCAGUCGACGUUGAGGGACUCAGCCACUGUGUUCGCACUAAGCACCAUGAUCAGCUCCAUGCAGGUGUACAACAUCUCCCAGAAUGUCCAGGAGGAUGAUCUUCAACACUUACAGCUCUUCACUGAGUAUGGCAGACUGGCCAUGGAGGAGACGUUCCUUAAACCAUUCCAGUCCAUGAUAUUCCUAGUCCGGGAUUGGAGUUUCCCUUACGAGUUUGGCUACGGACAGGAAGGAGGCAUGAAGUUCCUGGAGAAGAGGCUCAAGAUCUCUGAGAAUCAACACGAGGAGCUGCAGAACGUUCGUAAACACAUCCACUCCUGCUUCACCAACAUUUCCUGCUUCCUGAUGCCCCACCCCGGACUCAAAGUGGCCACCAACCCUAACUUCGACGGCAGACUCAAAGAGAUCGAUCGUGAGUUCAUCAACAACCUGCAGAUCCUGGUCCCGUGGCUGCUGAGUCCCAAGAACCUGGAUGUCAAGGAGAUCAACGGCAGCAACAUCACCUGCAGAGGCCUGCUGGAGUACUUCAAGGCAUACAUCAAAAUCUACCAGGGUGAGGAGCUGCCACACCCUAAGUCCAUGCUGCAGGCCACAGCAGAGGCCAACAACCUGGCAGCAGUGGCAGCAGCCAGGGACCUGUACAACAAGAAGAUGGAGCAGGUGUGUGGUGGGGACCGGCCCUUCCUGGCUCCGGCAGAGCUCCAGGCCAGACAGAGUGACAUCAGAGAGGAAGCCCUCCAGGUGUUCCGAGGGGUCAAGAAGAUGGGAGGGGAGGAGUUCAGUCGACGCUACCUGCUACAGCUGGAGGGAGAAGUGGACGAGGUGUUCGUUCAGUACAUCAAGCACAACGACUCCAAGAACAUAUUCCACGCCGCCCGCACCCCGGCCACGCUGUUCGUGGUCAUCUUCAGCAUGUACGUGGUGGCGGGCAUCACAGGCUUCGUGGGGGUGGACAUCAUCGCCAGUGUGUGUAAUAUGAUUCUGGGCCUGGCGCUGAUCACCCUGUGUACCUGGGCUUACAUACGCUACUCUGGGGAGUACCGAGAGCUGGGCCAGGUCAUCGACCAGGUGGCUGGAGCCCUCUGGGACCAGGGAAGCACAAAUGAGGCUCUAUAUAAGCUGUAUACCGCUGCAGCCAGUCACAGGCACCUGUACCACCAUGCGUUCCCUGGCCCUCAGGCCCCUGGAGAGACGAGCGAGACCCCUGAGGAACCCACCAGGAAGAGGAACUGA